AGAUUUCUUUCAGUUUUGAACUUUUGAUUCAUCACUACAAUUUAUUCUCUUUCAUUCUUGUUUGGAUCAACAAUUUGAUUCUUCAAGAGAAUUGAACUCUUGUCUUGGGUUAAAACGUUUUGACUCUGAUAGUUGGGUCUUUUAUUUUCCGUUGUGGAGUGAAUCAACGUAGUUUGUUUUAUAUAUCUGAAAUUGCCACUGUAUUUCCGGGUCAAAACAAUCAAAUUUUCUUCACAAAUUCCCAGUCUUCUCCUUGAUUGAAUAUUCUUUAGGUAAUCAUCAGGUAAAUCUUCGUUCUUCUUAUCCUUCUACAACUAGAAAGCAACACGGAAUCCCAAUUCAAUCAUACAUAGGUGAUAUUUCAACUAACUUAAGAACCAAGCUAGACGCCGCUCUCUUAUCCUUUUCCCAAGUUAUCUUGAAUUUACGGGUUCUUUUAAUUUAGAAUGGUUUUUGAGACGGUCUCAAUUUAAAUACUUUGUUUCUUGUUUAUAUAUACUGAUAUUCAGGUGAAGCAAACCAGCAAUGUUAUCUCCUUGCUGCAACAAAGCAGCUGCAAUCUCAGUAUUGUACAUGUGUUGAUAACUGAAGAAGAUGGAGGUAAUCUACCAGCCCUAUAUCGACCCCGAGUACGAAUGCCUCAUCGAAAGAAUCUACCCGCCGUGGGUUUGUAUCGACAACGACACAUGCAAAGAUUGCACCCUCGUGAAGGUUGACAGUGCAAACAAGCACGGGAUUUUACUGGAGAUGGUCCAAGUUUUGACCGAUCUUGAUCUUGUUAUUUCCAAAUCUUAUAUUUCCUCUGAUGGUGGAUGGUUCAUGGAUGUGUUCCAUGUGACGGAUCAACUCGGCAACAAAGUCACUGACGAGAGCAUCAUACUUUAUAUUCAGCAGGCACUUUGUGCUAGGAGGGGAGGGAUUACUAAGGAGGCAAGAACAUGCUUAGGAAAAGAAGUGGCACCGGGAGUGAAAGAUUUAGCCCUAGAAAUGACCACCAAGGAUCGACCGGGGUUAAUGUCUGAGAUAUCUGCGGUCCUCGUUGAGCUCGGCUGCAACAUUACUGCAGCCGUAACUUGGACCCACAGCUCCCGAACAGCGAGUAUCUUCUAUGUCGAAGAUGGGUUGAAAGGAGGGCCUAUUAUGGACCCAAUAAGGCUAUCAAAUGUACAAGAGCAGCUAGAAAAUGUGAUUGAAGCCCAUCACGAGAAGGGCGAGAAGAGGAGUGUGAGGCUGACCACCCCCGCGGCGGGCCGGACCCACACGGAGCGGCGGCUCCACCAGUUGAUGUACGGGGACGAUGACUACGAGAUGUGUCGGGGCUGCGAUGGCGGUGAUAAAGGACACAAGAAGGGUUGUGACCGAACCCAUGUGUCGAUAGAGAGUUGCAAGGAGAAAGGGUACUGGAUUGUUAAUGUAAGAUGCAGAGAUCGUCCUAAGCUGUUGUUUGACACAGUUUGUGCUCUCACUGACUUGCAAUAUGUUGUGUUCCAUGCUCUGGUUUCUUCCAGGGGCACCAUGGCUGAUCAGGAAUAUUUUGUGAGGCACAAAGAUGGCUACACUUUGAACGCAGAAAGUGAAAGGCACAAGCUCACUCUAUGUUUAGUUGCUGCAAUAGAGAGAAGGAUCUCACAAGGAUUGAGACUUGACAUCUGCGCCAAAAACCGGAUGGGACUACUAUCUGACAUCACAAGGGUUUUCCGAGAGAGUGGUUUAUCAAUAACAAGAGCCGAGAUCGGAACAUAUGGCGAGAGAGCCGUGGGAUCAAUUUAUGUGACAGAUACUUCAGGUCACGAUGUGAAUCUGAACCUAGUGGAAUCGGUGAGAAAGGAGGUUGGAGGAUCUGUGAUUGCAGUUCACAAACCACAGACUUGGGCUGCUCAUGGUGGUUCUUCAAGGACAAGCCGAAGAGUACCAAACACAAGAGUAGAAGAUGAAGAAGAUAGACCAAGAUUGUCAUUUGGAAGUUUGGUCUGGUCUCAACUGGAGCGCCUUUCAAGCAGCUUUGGACCCAUUAGAUUAUAGAGUUUCAGGUUACUUCCAUGAUGUUUUCUUGUAUCCAUGAAUGCCAUAUGUGUAAAUAAGUUUGUAGAUUCAGGACAGCAGUUUUUCUCUCCUUCCUAGCCAGUUAGCUUGUUCCAGUUCAAUCAAGAAUUCAAUAUAACCUAGAUCGCUUUUAUUUUGGAGGAAGAUUUGGAACUGAUAUUAAUCCUACUAUCCUAGUCGCAUGCCCAUUUGAGCCUGAGGCUCAUAGGUACUGUACAG